CGUGUUCUCUAACCUACGUACGCUAAUCUUUCCGCACUCCGCUGUCGCCGAUCCUUCUUCUUCUAGGGUUUCCGUCAUGGAGGUCCUCUCGAGCUCUACCGUUCCCUCCAGGGUUGUGAAAGAUGUUUCGGCCCGCCAGCCGACGAGCCCUACCUUACCCAAGAUUCCGACUGUUCGAUUGGGAUGCGCAAGAACCGUCGAAAAGUUUGAAUCUUUGCGGCUGUGGAGGGCUCGAUCGAGUGCUCACAGGUCCGGAUCGUCAUUGCGAGCCACUGCCCAUGAAGUUUCUUGGGAUACUGGGGAGGAAGAUGGGGCGUCCGCUAGUGGGUUUGGCUUGGUUAUGGAUGAGGACUCAUCUUGGUUUGAGGGUAACUUGGUGCAGAAUGGUAGCCAUGCUAGUGGAAUCACUGAAUUAUCAGAGAUGGUAGCACCUGCCACUUUUGGAAGUGGAGCAAGUGGAUCUAAAGCUGGGCUUUUCAGAACACCCAUUUCUGGUGGUGUACAAAGUGCAACCUCUGUUCACAAUUUACCUCGAUCGGCCUUGGCUGUCCGCAAUCUAAUGGAGCAGGCCAGAUUUGCUCAUCUCUGCACUUUAAUGUCUCGGAUGCAUCACCAUCGUGCGGGAUACCCAUUCGGUUCAUUAGUUGAUUUUGCAACUGAUUCAAUGGGCUAUCCUAUUUUUUCACUCUCUCCACUGGCCAUCCACACACGUAAUCUCUUGGCUGAUUCAAGAUGUACACUUGUUAUACAGAUACCUGGAUGGAGUGGGCUAUCAAAUGCACGUGUGACAAUAUUUGGUGAUAUCUUCCCACUUCCUGCUGAUAAACAGGCAUGGGCUCAUCAGCAGUUUAAAGCAAAACACCAACAAUGGGCAUCUCAACAAUGGGGCAACUUUUACUAUUAUAGGAUGGACAACAUUCGCGACAUAUACUUCAUUGGAGGGUUUGGCACUGUUGCAUGGGUAGAUGUCAAGGAAUACGAGGCCCUUCAACCUGAUAAGAUUGCUGUUGAUGGUGGAGAACAAAAUUUGGAGGAACUGAAUGCAAUGUUCUCAAAAUCACUCAAAGAAAUAUUAUCAACUGAAAUGGAGAUAGAUGAUGCUGCUUUCAUAUCAGUAGACAGCAAAGGCACUGAUAUCCGGGUUCGGCAAGGUGCACAGUUCAACAUUCAAAGGCUAUCAUUUAAAGUGGAACAUGGAGUGGAGACUCUAGAUGAAGCCAAGGCAGCACUUCAAAGGAUAAUUGAUGAGCAUUCAAGAUCGCAUAACAGGAAUUAAAAUGUUUUAGUUUCUUGAGCAUUUUUAUGUGAUAACUAUCAUAAAAAAUAUAUUUUGAUCCACCAAAUAAGGAAUACAAAUGAUGAUUUCUGGAACUUAGUUCUAACUGUUUCUCCGCAGAACUAAAAUAGAAUUGAAGCAACCUGAAAAAAGUCCUGGAUUUUAGGCCUUUUA